AUGUCUGAUACUGAAUUCGGAAACACAGAGUCUAAGCUUCAAGAUAGUGAAUAUAAAAUCUCACACAGAGGAAAUAGAAAUAAGCGCACUGAUGAAAUUGAAGAAAUGGAAAGAGAAAUCAUAGGCUCAAGACAAUUUCGAGGAAGAGGAAAUAGAGGAAGAUGGCGAAAUCAAAACAAUAGACAACAUGGAAGAAGAGACCAAGACUUCUCUUAUAGAGAAAAUGAGAGCCAGAAUCCUAAAAAAUGAGUCGUAAAAUCAAAUCCAAAUCAAAAUGAUCAUGGCAAUCAAGUAAAGCCAGCACAAAAAAUAAACACAGACAUACCAAUUGAUAUUCCAAAACCACAAGAACAAUCUAUGCACCCGCCUCCUGCUCCAGCACAAGAAGAAAUCAAAGAGGAUUUUAAUCUAACUCUUCCCAAUAUAAGAUCCCGAAAAACGAAAAACGUCGGCUUUGCAAUAGAAGACGAUAUAAACGUUGAGGAAUUCACUAAACGAGUCCCAGUCCUAAUGAUCACCUAUCCUUUUGAACUUGACAUCUUUCAAAAGCGAGCAAUCAUGAGACUUGAAGAGCAUGAAAACGUAUUUGUUGCAGCCCAUACAUCUGCAGGAAAAACAGUCGUAGCUGAAUACGCCAUAGCUCUGGCGAGGCAGCAAAGAGCCCGAGUUAUUUAUACAAGUCCUAUUAAGGCCCUUUCUAAUCAAAAGUACAGAGAAUUUAAAGACUCAUUUGAAGAAGUCGGAAUUUUAACUGGCGACGUUAGCGUUGAUCCUGAUUCUUUUUGCGUCAUCAUGACAACUGAAAUCCUAAGAAGCAUGCUUUAUAAGGGAUCAAGCAAACUAAGGGACCUUGAAUGGGUAAUUUUAGACGAAGUUCACUACAUUAAUGAUGCAGAGCGAGGAGUUGUAUGAGAAGAAGUGCUAAUUCUUUUGCCUCCUCAUGUAAGAAUUGUUAUGCUUUCUGCUACAGCUCCAAACUAUAUGGAAUUUUCUGAUUGGGUAGGACGUGUAAGGCAGCAAAAAGUUUACGUCCAAGUGACUUUUCAAAGACCUGUACCAUUAGAACACUGGAUUUAUGCCCAAGGAGAGCUUUAUCAGUUUGUGGAUAUGCAAGGGGUCAUAAAUGAUGGAGUUUAUGGAACUGUUAUGUCUAAAUUAAACACCAAAGAUAAGCAAAAAGGCAAAAACAAAAAUAAAAAUAAAAAUAAAGGAAGAGGGUACUAUAAAUCAGAAGACCAGCAAUAUAAAGAGCUAGUUCUUAGACUGCAGAACGAAGAACUGCUUCCAUGUGUGAUUUUUGCGUUUUCGAGAGACAAAGUAGACCAUAGAGGAGAAAAGCUGUCUAGUGUAGAUCUGAUUGAUGACGAUGAAAGGAAGAUCGUCAUGACAUUUGCUAAUCAUGCACUUGAUAGACUUAACCCUAUUGACAGGCAUCUCCCACAGAUUGAAUUCGUGCUGAAAUUGCUUGAAAGAGGAAUAGGAGUUCAUCAUAGUGGAAUCUUGCCUAUUCUCAAAGAAAUUGUUGAAAUUUUAUUCAGUAGAGGACUCAUCAAAGUGUUGGUGGCAACUGAAACAUUUUCAAUGGGGCUAAAUAUGCCAACUAAAACUGUCGUAUUUUGUGAACUCAGAAAAUUUGAUGGGAAUUCCAAUAGAUAUCUGCUAUCUGGGGAAUAUACUCAAAUGUCAGGAAGAGCUGGAAGAAGAGGAAAAGACUCUAAAGGCUAUAUCAUUAAUUUCUUUAGGGACAAAAGAAAAGUACCACCAUUGGCUGAGCUGAAGACCAUUGUAAAAUCUGAAGCAAGAACUUUAGAAAGUCAAUUCAGGAUUAGAUAUAAUCAAGUCUGCAAUGUUCUUAAUACUGAAGGAAUGUCAAUGAAUGAACUUAUUUCCAAAAGCUUUUUGGAAAACUCAAUGUUUAAUAACUCGCAAGCUCAAGUUCGAAAUCAGAUCAUGAGAGAAAAGGUCAUGAAAUCUUUAUUCCCUUCUUGAUUAAACAGCAAAGAAUAUUGCGUACUAAAUCAGGGAGGUUAAUUUUUUUAUUUAUGAAAUAAAAUUUCAAAUAAUUUUAAAAAUUUUUAAUAUUUUAAAGCAAACUGUAAAAAAAUUAAUAUAUUUUAUUAUAAUAAUAAUUUUAUUAUCAAUUGAAAUAGACCUACAUAUAUAGAAAAUAAAGUAUUCCUGCUGGUUGCCGUUAUCCUGUAUUAGCAUUAGGAAAACCUUUAGCCACAGAUGUAAAAAUACCCCAAAAAAUUACAUUAAAAAAUUUUUGCUCUCUAUAAAGGACUGGUUAAUCUCAAGAAUAAGAAUUUUCUAGUGGCCUGCUGCUAUUAAGGUGGAGAGCUAGAGAAAACACUAGAAGGAGACGAUGCUGAACAAUUUAUUGAAUUUAUUGGAAUGAUGAGGAAAGUCAACGAAUUAUCAACAACUUUCCAAAUGAUGAAUAAAGCUCCAGCUGAGGGAAAUUUUAUAGAAAUAAAACUACCCAGAACUGCAAAUUUGCCAGGAAUUUUGAUCAAUAAAGGAUCAAAAAUAAAAUGCCUGAUUUUUGAUAUUGAUAAAAGGGUAGAAAGCUUUAAAAAUAGCUUCUCAGGUGGAAACUAUUCUAUUGAAGAUAUCAAUGUUUUUGAUGUUAUUACAGUUUAUAGCACACAAUUGCCGAAAACCAUGAUAAGUGUUUUGAAAAGAAUGGAAUAUGACGAUGAAUACUUGGAAAUUGCUUUGAGAGAGCUAUUGAAAGGGAGAAAUUCUAUUUUACCCAGCAAAAAAAUUUUUAAUCAUCAAUCAGCAGAAUUUUCCACACGUGAUGAUUUGGUAAAGAAAAUUAUAAACCAUCCUUGCUUUACCAAAAAGAAUAGGCAUGAUCUUUGGCUGAAUGCUUUAAAUCUAAUCAAAUACAAAAGUGAUCUUAAUCAGCCUAAAUCUGAAACAGGCUCAGAUCCUCAAGAUAUUAAUCGACGCAUUGAUUUGUUAAAAAAUUACCACUAUCUCUCUGACCUUCUUACACUUGAGCUAAAAGGAAGAGUUUUAGCUCUUAUAGACAAUCCUUACAACCUCGUCAUUUCUGAGUGUAUCUUUGAAGGCCUGUUUACAAAAUUAUCAACAGAAGAGCUGGCAGCCACCGUUAGUGUUUUUGUAACUGAAGAUCGUUCGAAAAUGGAAGACAAAGAUUGAUCACAAGUUUCUGCAGGCUUAGAUUUCCCAUUAAAACGAAUCCAAGCUGUGGUUUCUGAAAUCUGUGAAAAUGAAGAGAAGCUAGGCAUUAAGUCUGAGAUGAAUGAAGACGGCAUCAAGCUCUCUAUGGUAGAAGUCGUUUAUUUGUGGGCACAAGGAAAGCCAUUUAUUGAAAUCUGCGGAAUCACCUCAAUCAAAGAAGGAAACAUUGUAAGAGGGAUUUUACGUGUUCACGAUCUAUUAACGACAUUUAUUGAAGUUGCUGAAGUGAUAGGUGACCAAGACUUAAAAGAGAAAUCAAGGCUAGCUUGUGUAAGCGUACAAAGAGACAUUGCUUUUGCUGCGAGUCUUUAUAUUUCUGAUUAA